AUGAGUGGAGAAUACACCUGCAUGGCUUACAAUUAUAUGACAAAACAGAACAGCACAAACUCCAAGAUGCUCACAGUCAUUGAGCCAAUAAAGUCAGUGAUGAUCAGAAACAACACCGUUCCAAUAAACUCUAAAAACUUCACUCUCACUUGUGACGUUACUGGGCCCUAUAGCACGAUCUACUGGAUGAAGGACAACAUGACCCUCAACAUGGCAAACCUCACCAUGGCAAACCUCACCAUGGCAAACCUCACCAUGGCAAACCUCACCAUGGCAAACCUCACCAUGGCAAACCUCACCAUGGCAAACCUCACCAUGGCAAACCUCACCGCAACCCCUCACAUGUCCUACCACAUUAAAAACAACACGCUGCAGUUCACUCCAUUGACGAUGCACAGUGAUGGGACAUAUCAGUGUGUCGCUACCAAUCGGGCUGGUCCACAUAAAAGCCCCCGAUACAUGCUCCUGGUGAACUAUGGCCCUCUGAGUGUGAAUAUCUCUGGUCCAGGUUCAACUAAAGUUAACCUACAAGUCUUGUAA